AUGUCCGCUCCUAACACUCAGCCAAACCCCGCCUCUAACACGCAGGCCAACCCUGCUCCCAACAGCCAGACCAAUCCAACCUCCAACGCUCACCCUUAUGCCAGUCAGCCCAAUCCAACUCCCAAUGCUCGCCCUUACAACAUUCUACUUACCCUUCCCAACGAUCACAAUAUUCCAAUCCGUCCUCUUUAUAAUGUUGCCGUCGUCACACAAGACCUCGCCACGUCGGGCCUGCAAGUGUACGUGUACCCUACUCGGGAAAGGGAGAAUAUCCCCCACCAAGCCACUCACAUCAAUGAAGAAGGGUAUCGUGUCAAUGCCGAAGGAAGGCGUAUGGUCCCUUCCCUAUCCUUUAACAAAGUCCCCACAGCCACCCAGGCUGCCCUAUUCCCAAUCGGGGGAAACACGGUUCAGUUCCGAGCCCCAGUCAGGUCCAACCUGAUUGCCAGGGACCAGUUUCGUGUCGACCUCAAACGAGCCAAUCAGCUCGUCAAUGUCAUCAUCGACAACACUGCACAAGGCCGUCACCCCUUUUACAAGAUAGCCACGACCAUGAAGCUAAGCAUAAGCCGCGCCAUUGUUAACCCCCGUUCCCCCCAUAAUAUAAAUCUUGCUCACAUUCCUCUCAAUCCUAAUGGCGCUAGCAUCAUGCAUAAAACAGAAGAACCCACUCAAGGCCAGAUGCCACCCCCUUAUAUCCCACAUCCUCCUACUCCCUUCAUGCCAGCUCGCCCCCAAACCCCUUACCACCAGCCUCAACCCGAGGCCUCGACUCGACCCUUUCGUCCACCUUCUCCCGUCCGACCCGCUCGGUUCCCCGUUGACAACAACUCGGACUCUGACAUCCUCAACAACCCUCCCGCCAGACCCCAGCCUUCCUCUCAGACCGGCACAUCAUCCACAACGGAUUCUUUGUAUUACCCCGCCUCUGUUCUACCUCGUCUCCCCCUCUAUUUUCACAACUACCUCACCCGAGUCCGAAACGACACCCAGUUCAUCGACGUCCUCGCCCAUGUCUCAAACCGAGAUGUCCAGGCUCAAGCCCUUACCUAUCGCCGUGUUCAGGCCGAGAUCGAUGCCCAGUCCAGCGCCAUCGAGGCCCGAAAACAGGAGCUCUCCCUGACAAGAAGAUGA